UAUAUUCAUAUAUUUUAAUGAGAGAAGUUGUAUUUGCUGAAGCGAAAGUAUAUUACAUACAUGUAUGUCUUACAACUACAUUACAAUUUAUUAUAAACAAGUUAUCAUGCAUAUCCUCAUUUGGUGUUGUAUAUAAUAAUCAUAUUUCUCAUAUUUGGAGAUAUCACACUAAUAUAGGAUUGUAAAAUUUAAAAACAUGUGAUUGUAUUGUCAUGUAACCACCUUUACAAACACUUCCAAUGUUAGCAAAUAGACCUGCUGUCUUACCUGCAAGCAAAUAUGUGAAGCAAAUGUGUUUUUUCCCCUUUCCAUCCAACAUGUACUGGGCUGAAUUUUUAAAUGUACAUUCCAGCUGUUUCAUCAUUUAACACGAAUACAAAGAAAAACAUCAUAAAAUGCAAACAUCCUACUUGUGGAUCUAAAACCACACAAGCCAUAAAACCCCUAAUACACAUCUUUUCCCUCCAUCUAUCUGUAUGUAUGAGUGUGUCAUGUUUAAUUACAACGACAAUUUAAAGCCAAAUUCAAGCAUAUAAAGCCUCGUCAUUAUCCUGCAUUGUAUCUCCACUGUGGCACAAAGAGUGAUAACAAACAAAAGCAAAAAAAAAAAAAACACACACACAUACACCACAGACUUUGGUUCCAGGAAAUAAAACUUCACAAGUGACAAACACUAACUGAAGCUCUGGUAUGAAAUAGACAAUCUGCUUUAAAAAGAAAUGGAAAUGAGAACAACUUUCAUCCUGUUUUUUCCAACAAAACAUUUAAAUAUGUGUUACGAUAAGAGCGACGGAGACAAUGACAGCUUACGGUAAUGCAACUUUAAAUAGCAAAAAAAAAAAAAUCUGAUUACAUUUUAUUAAGAAACAAUAGAAGAGCCAGAAUUACCCUUUAUUUUGCAAACCACUCCCAUUUUAACAGCACUCACCGGCCAAUGAGAGGGGUGGAGGAGGGUGUAUGUGUGUGCAACCACUAUAAGAGACGGGGACGUCCAGGUGGAGCAUCACACAGGUGAGCGUUUAUAUUCUCCACCCGCUUCUGCUUCAGGAUACUACUUCACUGCACCAGAACCAGGAGGGCACCUCAGACUGAACAAGGUACAAAUAUGUCCUCAUUUGCUUUGUUUUGUCUGUUUGUUGUGUGACUGUGUGUGUGAUAAUUUCGAGAAGUUUGUGUGACAGCUUCUUUCACUUCUCUCUUUUUGUCUGUGAAAGCUUUGUGCUUGGAUUCUGGUGUCUGAUGGAGGUGUUUUCUUUUCCCAGGAUUGUCCUUCGAGUAUGCUGGCAGAAAUGGAGACGAUGGCUUACAUGGCUGAGAUCAAGAUGGGUGGAGGCCGGGGCAUCUGGAGCGGAGCGACGCCUUCCUCCUGCACCGAGGUGGACCUGGAGGUCAUCGAGGAGUACCUGCAGGAGCAUUCGCUGGAGGUGCAGCCCGCGCGCACGCCCACCUCGGCUCUGACCGCCAUGGGGCAACAAACGCACUCCCACCAGGGCGCCAGGAUCAUAGAGAAUAGCUGGUCAGGUCAGCAUGCGUAUGAGUGGUACUGCGACUCACACACUCCAAACGAGGAAUACAAAGAGCAAGCCCUGCCUCCAGCCUGGCCUAGUCCCCAUGACAACCAGCGGGAGCACAUUGCAUAUUGCUAUGAGGCAACUCCAUACAUUGACUCGGAUUCACAAUCUAGUAGCUCCCAGUAUCAGGAAUACCAAGAUUCGCCAUCACCGUCCUCCGACAGGGGCGACAGAAAGGACUCUUUGCCUCUUGCACCGCUGUCAGGAAAGAGGAAGGAGCGGCUGUUCCAGUUCCUGUUUGAGAUGCUUCAGACACCGUCGAUGCGGAGCUGCAUCUGGUGGGUCCAGUCCUCCUCUGGUACCUUUCAGUUCUCCUCCCAAAACAAGGAGAGCCUGGCGCAACUUUGGGGUCGGCGAAAGGGGAAUCGCAAGCCCAUGACGUACCAGAAGAUGGCAAGAGCCCUGAGGAACUACUCCCGCACCGGCGAGAUUCACAAAGUGAAAAGGAAGCUCACCUAUCGGUUCGAUGAGAAAACACUGAGAGGUCUGCGAGGAGACUCCAGUGUAGUGUAGAAGGGACGGUGGAGAGGGCAUUUUAGCCUAGAAACAGAAUAGGCACAAAGGAUAUUGAGGGAAAUCAUUGUUGAUGUCCCAUCAAUGUCCUUUCUGCUGAAUCUACUUCUGUGGUAUUUUGAAUAACAAAUGAAUACUGAGUAUUUGAAAAGCCAGAAAAUGAAACACUGCUGGCCAGAGCUUAUUGUACAUAGAGAACCAUAUUGGAGUUGGUGUGAGAGGUGAACCAGGAAUGACCACACUGAUAGAAAAACGCUAACUUUAGGAACAGGCGACGUGUCAGAGGUCAGCUGGUAUUUAACAUGUAAAUCUAAAAGGUUGUCACAUAAUAUCUACUUUAUAAGUAGUAAUGAAAUCAUUGUAAAAAAUAAAAGUUGUGUCUUUAUGUUUUUUUAUAUAUAUAAUUCUGUAUUGUGGAUUUUCAACAGAUACAGUAUCAUUUUAAAGAUUUUUUUUUUUUAACCAAACAUGAUCUGUUUGUGUCAAAAUAAAUUAAAAACUAUUUUCAGAACACUUGACUGUACGCAUGUCUGUACUGUAGCCGUGUGCCUGCCGGUAGCUAUGAACAAAGAGACACUGUGUCGUGCACAUUAUCCCCAAUGACACAGAACUGCUUAGAAACUAGAGCAAACAAACACACACACAGACACACACACCCGCAGCCAAAACUGUAUGCAAAGUUUGCAUGCAUUGGAAAACCACCACCGCAAACAGGCCUGUUAAUCAGUAACAUCUAAAAGCCCUCCUCACACACUGAGCAGAACACACACACACACACACACACUAAACACACAGAGAUGCAGAGAAUUACUUUCUUUUGUGCAAAUUUGCCAACUACAGUAAUUUUAUUGUUACCUGACGCAAGGACAAGUUACAUAAUAUUCAACACAUGUGGACUAUCCAGAAUAAAAAGAUUUACUCUUAAGUCACAAACUUUGCUUGUGUGAUAUAUUUUCAAUAACAAGUAUUAAACUGCAUUAAUUCCCGUCCUGUGUUAGAUAUUUCCAUUUUAUGCAGCUUUAUCCUUUCCAUCACACUGGACAGGAAAAUAGAAUACCUUUUACUCAAAUGCAAUUUUCAACAGUUAUUAAUUUGCUUGCAACUUAAGAUUUACAUAUAAAACAUAAAGUUAUAGAAUAAGAUGCACAAUAUGGAUCAAACUAUCUACCAGUAAGUGAUUCUUGAAAUUAGCUGAGGUACUAAAAAAAAAUAAAAAAUCUAUGUAAACAUGGAUGCAUGAGUAAUAACAAUCCAGUUAUGUAACUUUAUAACCCUUAUAAACUAUUAUAACCCCUUUGGAUAUAUGACACUCGGGUGGGGCUGCUUUGCAUGAGUGUUUUUACGUUUGAUUCAUUUGCUCCAGUACAUUUUGCUUAUGAUACACGUCUCCUUUCCUUUGACUUGUAACUGAGUGGCCCACUU